CUUAUAAAGUUAAUGACCCAGAAACCCUUCCCUGUAACACACAAGAGGAGGGAAAGAGAGAGUGAUUGCAGCAAGAGAGGGGUAAAGUGACACCACAUUCUGCACUGUGUGGAAGAGCCAAGUGGACGAGCCAGGCGGAGAGAAUCGCGGGCGAUCUGCGAGCUCCAUUAACACUUUUUUUUGGAAAAUGGUGGGAUUCUCUUCCUCCUCAGCUGUUGCCACGGUGAUGGAGCACCUGGUGUCAGAGCUGAACGUCCUUCUGAAGAUGCUGGACCACGAGGCCCUGAGCCCAGUGACUGCGGAGAAGAAGGCUGCUGUCAGAGGCCUGCUGAAGCAGAUGCAGCCUUCAGUGAAUGGAAUGGACAUAUAUGUGAACACUUCUCUCUAUGGGAAUGGGACCAGCUUUGUGGAGUCCCUGUUUGAAGAGUUUGACUGUGACCUUCAGGAGCUCAAAGAUACUGCAGAAGAACCAAAGGACUCCCCAGCCACACCAGAAAUACCCCCGUCAAAAUCGAGCCCAGCAGUCACACCCCCUCCCCUGCCAACCACGCCCCCUCCGGAGGACUACUAUGAGGAAGCGGUGCCCCUCGGCCCAGGCAAAGCCCCCCAAUACAUCACCACCCGCAACAGCUCCAGCCCCCCCAAUUCUAUCGAGGACGGGUACUACGAAGAUGCAGACAACAACUAUCCCACCACCUGCUUGAACGGGCCUCUCAAGAACUCCUACAACGACUCGGAUGCACAGAGCAGCUCGUACGAGUCGUACGACGAGGAAGACGAGGAGGCGAAGGCUCGGCAGAUGACGCACCAGUGGCCGUCGGAGGAGAACUCCAUGGGCCCCGUGAAGGACUGCCGAAUCUGUGCCUUCCUCCUGAGGAAGAAGAGGUUCGGCCAGUGGGCCAAGCAGCUGACCGUCGUCCGGGACAACCGGCUGCUGUGCUACAAGAGCUCCAAAGACCACACCCCGUACAUCGACCUGCCGCUGAACCUGUGCAACGUCAUCUACGUCCCCAAAGACGGCCGGCGGAAGAAGCACGAGCUGCGUUUCUCCCUGCCCGGAGCCGAGGCCCUGAUCCUGGCCGUGCAGAGCAAGGAGCAGGCCGAACGCUGGCUCAGGGUGAUCCGUGACCUGAGCAGCCAGGAAACCGUGGGAUUGGACGAGUCCACUUCUCCCAUGAUCCUCCGCAAGCUGGAACUGGAGAAGAGGCUGUCGGCCGAUAAACACACCUCGGACUCGGACAGUGUGGCUACGGGAGAAGUCUCCACUGGCCACGCCCGAGACAGCCGUGAGCACGGCAAGGCGAAGCGAGGCGCUCUGUCGGAGCUGACGGGGUCCAUGAGCCGGGCCGCCGGCCGCAAGAUCAACCGCAUCAUCAGCUUCUCCAAGAAGAAGCCCCCGCUGCCUGGCGACCCGUCCCCUGACGAGGACAACCCUCGCUGCGGGUAUCUGAACGUCCUGGUGAACCAGUGCUGGAAGGAGAGGUGGUGCUGUGUUCGGGGGGGGUUCCUGUGCUUCCAGCAGGAGAAGGGGGACCCCCAGGGGAACCUGAACGCCGUGGCGCUGCAGGACUGCGAGGUGGAGCCGGGGCUGGGGCCCAAACACCCCUUCGCCUUCCGCAUCCUGCGCGGGGGGGCCGAAGUGCUGGCACUGGAGGCCAGCUGCUCCCAGGACAUGGGCCGCUGGCUGGGGGUCCUCCUGGCAGAAACGGGGUGUGUGGCAGACCCGGAGGCCCUGCACUACGACUACGUGGACGUGGACACCAUCGCUAACAUCCGCCACGCCGCCCGACACUCCUUCCUUUGGGCGACAUCCUCCAGUAAUGCCUCCAGGACGUAUGACGAGGUCCCGUACGAGAAGGUGCAGCACCCAGAGGAACAGGGCCUGAAGAGGGGACAGGGGAAGAAGAGUGCCUCCCCCUCCAGUGGGGACACCCAGAAGGUCAAGCCCCCAGUCACCAGCGACCAGCAUGCAUCCACCAGGGGAGACACUGAGAGACGGUGUGGGAGUAUGAACGUGUCGUCCGUCUCAGACGCCAAUCAGUACGGGAAGUAUGGGAAGAGGAGGGCGGAAGAGGACGCCCGCAGGUACCAGAGUGAGAAGGAGGCGCUCGAGAGUCAACGGGAGGGCAUCCGCCAAACGCUGAUCUCCCUGCGCCAGGAGAGGAGGGAGAAGAAGGAGCAGCUGAAGAGUGCCACAGGUAUGCAGAAGAAGGUUCUGGAAGAGCGCUUGGCUCAGCUGGAGGAGGAGUGCCGGGGGAAGGAGGGGGCGAGGGUGGACCUGGAGCUCCGGCUGACGCAGGUGAAGGAGAACCUGAAGAAGUCCCUGGCAGGAGGGGCCCUGGGUCCCCCCGGAGAUAGCAAGCCAGCUGGCACGGGUGGCAAGUCUGACAGUCCCUACAGUGAGUCCUCUCUGCCGGUCAACUGCGCCUCGGAAAUACGCAAACGCCCCCCCUCCAUGUAUGCCUCCAGCCGUGGGAACGUCAUGCAGAAAGCCAAGGAAUGGGAGUCAAAGAAAGGGAGCUAAGGAAAAGGAGCUGCUCAGAGCCGGGCGUUUUCUGCUGCUCCCGGGAAUGCAGGGUAUCAUUCCGUGAGAGAGAGAGAGAUGAUGUGACCAGACCCCGUUAAUCUAUACUCCACCGAACUCACCUCUCGUUUACUGCAACAAGCAGAUUUAGGAUUUUACGGACGGCCGUAACGGGACAGGAUGUGGCGGGUCUCGGAGCUCGGACAUGUCCUUGGGCGACACACAAACUGCUCACACGUCUGAGGCCGAUCUCAGGCAGGAGACUUCACAGUGGCUGGGAAACGUUUUUUAACAAGUCUUCAAAAAAACCAUUGUGAAAAAAAAAAAACUUAAUUCCUUUUCUUUUUUUUCUCCCCUUGUUUUCGGAAGAGCCAAGUUAUGGAACGAAAGAGGAUGUGAAAGCGUGAAGAUUUGAAUGGGGUUUUGGGAUGUUUGAUUUUCGGAUCAGAGCUCUUGAGGGGUUAGCAGUGGGAGAGAACAUGCUGUAUCAUUGACUCAUAUAAGAGACUCUCAAAUUGUAGCAGAAGAUAAAGAAAAGCCAUAUCCUAGAGCCAUUUAAAAACAUUGGUUGAUGUAUGUUUGCUAGAUGGAGAGUUUUGUGUAAAAAAAAUAUAUAAAAAAAUCAAAUAAAAAAUAUAUUUGACUGUGCAAUUUUGCCUCUGUGCCUUGGCAAUGCGAUGACAAUCUGAAUGCCAUGGCUGGAAAUGUGUGGUGCUGAUGUGCAUCAGAAUUUGUACCGAAAUAAGCACAUUUAAGUAUUCAUUAAUUUUAGUAGAACUGUUCCAUCAAAGCGCUAUUGAUCCAUAAAUGUAUUAUUCCUAAUUUGGGUAAUAAAAAGAAAAUUGUCAUAAAAUAUGUAAAAUGGCAUUUAAUUUUCAUGAUGGUGUUAGGCAUUGUUCCAGCAUUAAUAAUGAGCAUCUAGAUUUGAAUUACAUGUGCACUUUACUGACUGAAUGUUUUUCUGUUGUCAUUAUUGUUGUCUUUUACUGUAAAAAAUGUUUUUUUUAUUUUACUGUAUAAAUAACAGCAACAACAUGUUAAACAUACGGUAGCAGGCUGUAUUCUAACAAAUGUUAAAUGCAUCGUGGUGUUUCACUGUAAAUAACACAAUUUCAUUUCAGCUGUUUACAAUUUUGUACCUUUGCUAUUUUACAAGUCUUUGAAAUUAUCAUUUUUUACAGUGUUGCUGUUUUAACUUUUUAAAAUGUGAAGGGAACAUGCAUUUGGAAACAUAAUUACAACUAUUUUGUUGGCUUUGUACCUUACCUUUUUUUUCACGAAAUGUUCACUUCAUAAUAUGUGUUGAAUUGAGUGUUAUUCCUUUCUGUGUUGUGACGUGUCAGAUGGCUUCAGAUUUUCAUAUUAAAAGCGCUUACACCUGGUGUUCAACCACAAGGUACAUAUGGAAGUACUUUAGACCACAAGCCCCCGAAUGCCUGUAUACCAGCCACAACUGGUCAUCUCUACGUCUGAAAUAUGAAAAACGCUGCCUUGUUUGGCAGUGCUCUAAGGCAGGAAGGCAAUGAGUGCUGUCCAAUUAGAAAGUUUGCUAAAGCUAUGCCUUCCGGAUGAUUCUGAAGGUAGCAUGCAUGUAUCCUUCACUGGAAAGGAUGCCCAUAAGUCUGUGAUUACCUCAGGUAAUUUUCUGUUUUGACAAUCUAGAAGUUUAAAUAUCGGAUUUGACUGAUAUUAUUAUAUUAAUGUGUAAACAUCAUAUUCAUGUUUGUAAGUGGGAAGAUGUUAAACCCUCCUUUUCAUUUUUAAUGAAUGAACUAAAUCAUUUGCAAAUAAUUAAUAUCUGUCCCUUAAAACAUGUCAAAAUAGAAAUACUGAACAUAUUCUUAAAUCCAUGUCUCAGUAUUUAUUGAUUAAUCUGACUGUACAUGUGCCCAGCUUGCAAUGUGUAAUUGUAUAUGUCAUUCUACCCUGAUGUAUGUUUUGUUGUUUGUGUCUGUUUUUGUGUGUGUGUGUGUGUGUGUGUGUGUGCUUGUUUUUGGUUUUUGUUUUUUCUGUGCAAUGUAGC